CAACAUAAAAGCCGGCGAUUACAGUAAACGGAAAACACGUGGUGGCGUCGUUGGGUGCUGUUUAAUUGGCGCGUAAUUACGCACGGAGGACCAGUGACUCGAUUGGGAUUCCACCCUUACCAGCCACUUGUCACUGCAUGUGGGUGUUGCGAGUGUGUGUGUACACAUGUGUGUGUUUGGGGCGUGGCUUCUCUGUGAAAUUGAGUUUUUUCCCCCCUUUUUCUCUCCACCUCAAAACUGCUGUCGCGGUUAAAGUUGUGUUACACAGUGUCCGCGCUACACAUCUAUAGAUGCGGCUUAAACGCUCCUCAGAUCGGUCGCUGUUGGUGUGAGAACAUCCGGAGACGAUGUACAGAUUCAUUGAGAUGGCUGGCUGUGCAGCUCACACUUGUGGAAUAUUCCUGGAUUAUAGCAGACAGACUUCUUUACUCCUCUGGGACUAGAAACAGUGUUGUGGGUGAUCGUCUUCUCCGUGAACAACCUGCAGGUUUUAGUCCUUCAAAACACACUUUGCUGAGAUGAAGACGUUAUACAUAGUGAUUGAAGUAGUAAUUGCUGUUCUCUCCAUAUCCGGCAACGUACUGGUUUGCUGGGCUGUCGCCAUCAACACCACUUUGAAGAACGCUACCAACUAUUUUCUGGUGUCUCUGGCUGUGGCUGAUAUUCUGGUCGGUUGCCUCGCGAUCCCCUUCGCAAUAACCAUCAGCAUCGGCAUACACCUGGACUUCUAUGGAUGCCUCUUCCUGGCCUGUUUUGUCUUGGUACUGACACAGAGCUCCAUCUUCAGUCUUCUUGCCAUUGCUAUUGACAGAUAUCUGGCCGUCAAAAUUCCUCUAAGGUACAAGGAGUUAAUGACAGGAAAGACUGCCAGAGAGAUCAUUGCUAUCUUAUGGAUCCUCUCCUUUGUCAUUGGCCUCAUCCCGUUCUUUGGCUGGAACCUGAAGUAUGCCAAAUGUCUGAACAACAGCUCCAGGACGGACAACACUACAGAUGCUGACCAGCAGGGGCUGAGUGGCAGAGGAGACUCACUGUUGAGUUGUAAGCUCAAGUGCUUCUUUGAGAGUGUAGUGGACAUGCACUACAUGGUCUACUUUAAUUUCUUUGUCUGUGUGCUGCUGCCACUGCUCAUCAUGCUGGGCAUCUACCUGAAGAUCUUCACUGUGGCCAGGAAGCAGCUGAGACAGAUCGAGCUCAAGUGCGUGGGCAACGGGGACAGCCAUCACCACGGGCUGCUGCAGAAGGAGAUCCGGGCCGCCAAAUCCCUCUCCAUUAUUGUGGGACUAUUCGCCCUCUGCUGGCUGCCCGUCCACAUCCUCAACUGCCUCACGCUGUUCUACGGGCAGCUGAAGAAGCCGGACGUUGUCAUGUACGUGGCCAUCAUUCUGUCGCACGCCAACUCUGCGGUCAACCCCAUCAUCUACGCUUACCGCAUCCAGGACUUCAGGAACACCUUCCGCAAGAUCCUGGCCCAACACUUCUUGUGCCGUAAAGAGGAGCUGUACCUCAGCUCCAACGGCAGCAGACGCAACAGAGACCAAAUCCACAUGACCAUUGACCCUCUGCUAUAGAGUCGUACUGAGGAGGAGUAUUAUCUGUGUCAACUCUGUUUUUUUCAGUCGUGAAUUUUAUGUUCACUGAGGUUUCUAAUGUUUACAGAACAAGGGUAUGAUAUGUGAAGAUGAACCGAUGUCAAAUGCGCCUUGAAUGUGGACAUUUAUUUAUGAACUGUGCCAAGUAUCAGGGGUCACGCAGUGAAAUGUUGAAUGGUGCGUCUUACAUAACUUUUGUAUUGUGAAGGAUUUUUGACUUUAAAAACAUGAUGAAGCUAACUGGAUUUGUAGGACUGAAAAGGAUCCAAACUUAAAUUGCUGUUCAUUCUGAAUCCACCCUGUUACACUCCUUUUUGUGCCCUGCUAUUUUAUAUUGUCAACAUUCAGUGCCAGUGUUUAAUAAUUUAUUUAUUACACAGCCUUAUCUUUGAGAAUGUAAAGAUCAAAAAACUUUGAGUGGCUAGAUCUAUACUUGUGGACCUAAAAAGGUCCCACAUACUCAUGACCAUCACAGGCUCAAUAUACAGAGAGAUGUUUUAUUUGAGCAGGUAUUGAAGUGGAUCCAUGGUAUUUUUCAUAUCAAUAUCCAAAAUAAGAGUCAGCUAAGAUAUAUACAAAAUACUUUUGUAUUGAAAUGUUCUUGAUCUGCUGCUUCAACUAAGUGCCAGUGUUUGCAGGUGUCCCUGUUGCUGCACUAGUAAUUUCUCCAAAAAAUGCAUGUAUAGGUGGAGGGACACGGUGGUCUACAGAGGGGUCAAAAACAGGCUGUCCUUCAUAGUAAAAAAAUCACAAAUAACUAAACUACAAGAAGAAGCAAGCAUGAACCAGAAAAAAAUGUUCUCCCUAUCCCAUGAGUCAUCUUUCAUAGCUGUAAGGGUCACAAAAUUAUCUUGUGACCCCUGUGGCUAUGAUCCAGAGGACAGCGUUUUUGUGGCUCAAAGAAAAGCAGCCUGAUUUGAUCUAGUCACGCAGUCCCAGAAAUAAGUAGUUUAGAAAAAACACACCUGCAGUGGUGCUCCAUAUCAUUUCCAUGUUUCUUAAGAUAAAAGCUCAGGAAGUGGGAAACUGAUUGUACCCUUUAUAGAAAUAUGGCGUCACCACAGAGCAUUUUUAGCUGCUUUGUUUUGAGCCAACUGAUUACAUACAGGCCAGUUAAAAUUUGAGUGCAAUUUACAUUAUUCCUCAGCAUCAGGCAUCUGGUACACAUGUAUUACAUAACGCAAAGCAAUCAAGGCUUUGAUUCAGUUAGCUGUAUAUGAAUGUUACUUGCCUUAGGAGUCCAGCUGACAACACCCCCCCCCCCCCCCAAACACAGUCUCAGCUGGGAUCCUGAGGCUCUCAUCUGUCCCUGUUCGUGCAGUCAGUCAUCCCUAAGCUGCUGAAGUCAAUGACUGAACUGAGGCAAGCUGUUUCAUUGAGAAAACUAUAUAUUUUAUAACCUCAGAAAUAUACUGCACUGAGGACUCAUUUUAAACAUACUGUUAAUAAUUUAACACUCUUUUCUCCUCUGUACAGCUGACCCCAGAAAAAGAGAGACCGUUUUUAAUGAAGCAGGUAAUAAUGACAUGUUCUCUGAGAGGCACAUUCUUUGCACUCAGUGGUGCUUGUAGUGCAACGUCAUAGUUUGAGGGAACACAGCUGCAACACUGCUUUCCCCCAGUUCAAAUCUUAAAGCACCUGAUGCUUUGUGUCUUUUCUGCAGGGGUGUGGUGGUCAGCAUUGUUGUGAAUGUUCCUGUUAAUCUUUUGAAAUUGAAGACAGGUGAGAGCUGACACAAAAAGGGUCUGGUAGAUUUCAUUAGAGCAAAGCUGAGUUUCGUUUGGAGUGCUGUAAUUUAUGUGAAAAAAAAAACGAGGGUGUUUUCGGUCACCUGAGAGCCAUCACUACACAAAUUAAAACACAUUGCACUGACAUGUUAGAUUAUUUCCUGUUUGGUGUGCUUCAUUGGUGGUGUUGAACCAUGUUGUGUUGGUGUUUGAGUGUUCUUGGGUUGAGUACUGCUUCAUUAUCUCCCUUCAUUUGCUGUUGUGUCCAGUGUGCCACCUCUGACCUGACUUCAAGGGCUAAAAUACAGGAGUGUGCCAGCAUUUAGUACAUUCCAAUGGAGACAUCUAUACUGUAACUGCACUGUAAUGUUGUAUUAUUGUCUUUGUUGACUGAUGUGUAAAAAUAAGUACUGUAGGUGUCUGGCUUUCUACAAGCUAUUGAUUGAUGUCAAACUAUUGCCUUCUUUUGCGAUUUUAAAGGUAAGACAGACAAUAACAAGUUGAUCUAGUUCAACAUUCCUGCCUUUCAUUCCGAAGUACCUAUCUGUCAGUGUGCUAUAGUGUCGUUACUAAUCAGGAAAAACAUCCACUGUGGUCGAGCUUGUGUGCAACCUUUCCAGAGGACAUUCUUUCUUUCAUUCAACAAAACUACAACUGCAAACUGAUACUGCUAUUUAACAUGAUGCAAUCUGUAUGUAUGGUGAAUAAUUUUGUUAAUAAAGGUAAUGUUUAUAUUGUUA